AUGGUCUACAACAUAGUAUUUGAGGUUGAUGGUGGCUGUCGUCGCAACGGUGCUCAACAGCCUGUCGGUGCUGCCGCUGCCAUCGAGAAGGGGCCAUCAGGUAGAACCAAGAUACACACCGAGCGACUCGAACGUGGAGAGUCCCUCCCAGAGCCUACCAGCUCCCGUGCAGAGCUCACUGCUAUCAACCUUGCCCUCAAGCAAGCUUUGCAAAAGCAUGACGAGUUGCGAUCCUCUCCCAAGCUCAAUGUUGAGAUCCGCUCAGACUCCAAAUACGCUAUCGGUUUUGCAAAUCAGGAUCUGAUCAAAGAGACCUGUGGCCUUGAUGAGCAAAUACGCGAGAGAGGAGAUGUGAACUACGAAUGGAUUCCUCGUGCAUUUAACCGACAAGCAGAUUUGGCUUGCAAUAGGGAAUUGGACGAACAAGAAGCCGAGAUGGAGGAAUGGGAUCAACAGGGAGCUGAGAUGGAGGAAUGGGAUCAACAGGAAGCCGAGAUGGAGGAAUGGGAUGAACAUGAAGCCGAGAUGGAGGAAUGGGAUGGAUAG